AUGCAGAAGCCAGACCCGAAAACCCUGUUCCCGACGGUGACAGCAUUCAUCGCAUUCAUCUUGACGUUGAUGUGCUUGUUUGCUGGGACAGAGACAGGCUUAAUGGACGAUGUCCACCUCCUUACACUCUAUACCCCAGAGGGCACCUCAACGAGCUCCAACAGUCACAGCUUCUACUCUAUCCAUGUUAUGUCGUACUGCCAAGGCACGAUAGGCUCAGCUGAGCCAGAUUCAGGCGCUGUGCGCAACGUGACCGAGUGUUCAGACCGUCAGGUUUUAUUUUCCUUCGACCCAACGAAGGAUUGGUCUGACAACAUUACACACGGCCCUACCCUAGAGUGGCCGCGCGUGAUCACCGACGACUUCCACGCCUUUCGGCUCACAAUGCAGUCAAUAGCGAUAUUGUACUGCAUAGGCGUGAGCGCAAUGGGGGCUGUGCUCUUGACUCGAGUCGCCGCCCUCAUAGCCCCACGGCCGCAGCAGGGGCUGUUCGAAUUUGGAUUUAUGGUGCUGGGGUCACUAGUCCUGAGCAUCGCCUCGAUUAUUACGACGGUCAUUGCGUUUGAGUUUGUCGCUUUGAUCAAUGCCCAUGGGGAGGGGUCCGACGUGUCAGCCAGCUACGGGGAAAAGUUCCUCGGGAUGACUUGGGCAGCAACGGCCCUGCUAUUAGCAGGGAGUCUCUCUAGUUUCAUCAACGUAUUCGUUCGAGGCCUGCCACUAGCGGAGGAGCGCGUCCCGAAGGACGAAGAAGAGGAAGGCUAA